AUUAAUUCAUCAAAACAAAAUUUAAGUUUUAAAAAAAUGGGACGGUUGUAGAAAGUUUGCCUGCUCUAGUGCGAAACGGAAUGUAUCUUUUCCGAACCAAUGGGUAGCUAGCAAUAUUCCCCCUCCAAUAUUAGCGCUAUUGCAGCGCCUCCAGUGAUCAAAACAAAAACUAUUGUGAAAUAUCUCCAUCUUGUAUGACAGAUUUGUGUUUGUUGUUACUUUUCCGAUUUUAUUUAGUUAAUAUGUUUAAAUUCAGUUUAAAAACAUUAUGAAAGAUGUAAAACUUAUUGUCCAACAUAUUUACAAACAAAAACGUAUUUUAAAUUAUGAACAAUAGCAGUGAGACUCAAUUCUAUCAGUGACGAAGUGGUCGACUCAGUGACUGGUAUAUAGUUACUUAUUUUUGUGAUAAGCGGAGCGCGGGGGCCUCGCGGACUGCUUUUAUCAACAGGAGUGCUACCUGUCAUCUCGUGUGAGCCACGUCGUGAGAUCGCGAUGUCCUGAGCGUCGUGCCGAUGCCAUGCUGCAGCGGGCGGUUGCGCCCCACCGCCCCUACGUGCUGCUCACCGUGCACAAGGCUGUAAAUCUAUUGGAUAAGCUAUAUGACACGUUCUUCUCUACGCAGCGUAAAGCGCAUGACAAGCACUACCCUAAACAUUUUAUCAAGAUUGAAUUUUUGGACAAACUGUGGCGGCCCGUUUUCAAGGAAUUCUAUGUAUGGCCCGAGAUAUCCAUAGAACCUGAUCCGCCUAGAGAGAAAAAGGAGAAGACAGAGUCCUUAAAACUAAACAAUCUUAAACAAAGCACAAACACAACAGGUCAGAAAAUGACCAGAAAAAAUAAACCUAAAAUUAAAGAGAAGGAAGACAAAGAGCCAAAAGGAGGCUACUGUGAAAUGUGUAAUGCAGACUAUGCUGAUGCUGCCUUACAUAGACGAUCCCCACAUCAUUUAGCAUUUGUCAGAGACCACACCAACUUUUUAGCACUGGACUCUUUAAUCAGCUCUGGUGCAGAUGUCACAACAUUCCUUGAUAAAGCUACACCUAUAAAUGGAGAAAGAAGAUCACUAAGAAAGAUGUGUAAUGGUGAUAUUGAACUUCCAAAACGGCGAUCCAAGAGGUCCCAAUCACCAGAUUCCACCAUGAAUGGAAGUCAAAGUCCUAAAAGGAAUGGGGGUCUAGACGAUGAGAAAAAGCAUAACACUAGAUGCAGCAAGCGUACUGAAACACAAGAAGACAGACACUACUAUAAGGUAGUGAGCACUAAACUUAGAUCUAGUGGUGGAUUUCAAACCAAACGCAAGGACUCUCCUCCAGCUUGUAACGGCACUAAACCAUUAGUAGUUAAGUUCAGAAAAGUAAGACGAUCAGAGCUCUCGGUUCUGAGUGAUGAAGCAGAACAGUUUAUGUUCCCAAAACGCGCGAGUUCCACAAGUUCUACUUCAUCAGAUGAUGAAAAGGACCUCGGGUUAAGGUCAAAAAGCACACCUCAACCCCCACCGAUAUCUAUAGAAAGACGGAGAUUAGCUAGACCUGUGGCACUCAAGGAAGAAUCUUCAGAGGAAGACAGCUGGCCUGAAGAUAAGCGACGACGGAAACGACGUACACCAGUUGUAGUGAAACGAGCUCGCAGAUCACUAACUAAACCUGUGGAAACUGUUGUGCAGCAGCCAGUACCUGAAGCUGUUAAAGACUUAACUCCACAACCAGACCCUGAUACCAACCCCCUAAGAGAAGAACCCACCGAGAAAUGUAUGAAGUGGGAAGAUGGCAAGCUGAAAUAUACACCAGCUGUCGAACAACUUGAAUUUGCCUUUGAGUCGGUUCCACGAAGUGAACCUUGGUAUGAGACUUUCAAAAGACAAGACCAGGACAAAGUAAUCGCUAGGAAUGUAUCACAAUAUUUUUCCAUUUUCUCGAAGUCACCAGUGUUACCAUAUGAAAUGGGUCAGUUGCCACCUUUAAAGCCAAACUGUUGUCCUUUGAGCGAUCUAACGAAACGGGAAGACAAACCUGGGCCGUCAAGGUCGUAUGGCACGCGUGGCAUGAAAAAACAAAAAGUAAGGAAACGAACAGCAGCAGUUCUCGCACUAGAGUCACACCCGCGAAAGUCGCCGCGAGAACACGCCUCCACCCUCGCCAUCCUAGGGUCCGCCGGCCUUCUACAACGUCGCAAACAACACGACGACGCCAAGUCUACCGCCUCUGAAGACACCCUCAGCGAUGCACCUCUCAAGCUUGAGCCGCCUCCUUCAGAGCUGCAUCAGGCAUCAGAGCGUCUGCAGCGGUUUUUCUCUGAACUGUUCGAAGACACUGCCGAACUCGAAGUCGCGGACGACAUGACCGAAGGACACGCCACCUUCAAUACUCUCGCCACCGCCACCAACGCUCCCGAUGUCUCCAGCCUCAUGUCUGAGUGUGAGCGCUGUGAUCUCAUCCGGAAUGAAAUCAAAGAGGUUGUAGGACGACCGCGUGGAAAACGGGGCAAAUUCAAAAAGAAGAAUCGGACGGGCUGGCCGAACAAGAGAAAACAGAAAAAAGAAUCUCGAGGCGACAGCAUUGAGUCCGAGAAAGCUGAGAGCGUAGAGAGAUCCUCGGCCGAGCCGCCCGACGAUGACACCGCACGAGAUAUUGUCAGCGAGGAGGACGCCGAACCUUCAGAGCUCGAAAACGAAGAUCCGCCCGACACGACCACGCACACUACACAGGAUCGAACAUCAAUCGACUCCCAAGAAACAAAAACAAAUGUCGACCUAAAAUUAACUCCAUACAAAAGCGAGAGCAAAAGAGACUCCGAUUCGGAGAAAGAUGACAACAAGAGCGUGUCGGAAGAUGAGAAAGAGCUGAAAAAGAAGAAGCGUGCAUUGCAGGGUCUAUGUGAAUGGUUGCAGCCUGUAGUGCGUGUUGCACGGGUGGAGACGCGCACUUUGCGCUCUGCCGCACGGCCUGCUUCGCGAACCAGACCGCUGCGGUAGCAUCCCCGCCACUAAACAAUAAUAAUGUUCCUUCUCUUCACACCAAGUGUUGCGGUUUUAUUAAGUGAUUCGGUGAGUGCCUUUUGAAGUUGUGGAAAAGACUCGAAAUAUUGUUCAAGAACCGCUCACAGCAUCAGUGUAUGUACACUUAUAUACUUUAAUCACUGCAGUCUCCUGAUCUCGCUAGACUCUGCAUGAAAUGAACUACAGUUGACUUAGAAUGAUGUGUGAACGUGAAUAAGUUUAUUUAUUUCUUCUGUAAAUAUGAUUUAGUUAUAAUGUUUGCAUGGACCCUUAAUAGGUGACUUAAUUUUGGAGUUGAUAAUUAUUAAAGGAGCUGUGCAGUAUUUUGUUUAAUUUUAAUCUUUUUCAAUAACUUUGAUUGUUUUUCAGACGCUUUUUAUAAUUAAAUAUAGUAUAUUAUGUUAACUAAAGAAAAUGCUAUUAACAAAUUUUGUAAUAAAGAAUCUUUAAGCUCUGAAAAACUCAUUUGUUGUUAGUCUUUUUUUGUUAGUCAAAUUAUUAUAGAUCUGUUUUGAACAGGUUAUUUUGUUGAGCUCUGUGAGGAAUGAAAAUUAAAGUGGCUGGAAAUGAUCGUGUUCAACAAAAGACGCUCGUUUCGAGGCUUGGAACUUCGAAUUUACUUUGUACAUAGCACUGUAAUUUAUGUAAGAUGUUAAUGUAUGCAUGUGUAAAAAUGUACAUUGUGAUCAAACUGUAUACAUUUUAAGUGGUGGUAAUUAAUAUGUUGCCAAACCAAAAAAUAAUCAAUUCAAUUUCAUUUAUUGUACUUUUUUUGUGACAAAUUUAAUAUACACAGAAAAAAUGUGACUAGCAUUUGAAAUGAAAUAUAAUUGUGAACUCAUGAAGUGGGUGAGACGCGAAACUUGAGUGUGGACAUGAACUUGAUACGAUACAAUCUGUGACUACCAUUGGCAUUGUUAAUGUCUGUAAACAACUUUUACCUUUCUCGAUUGCAGCCUUUAUACAGUCUUGCAUUCUGUGGCAAUUACGAGAAAAGCAAUAGUUCCUGUAUUUUUAUAAGGGUUGCUGUAAUUCUGAUAUAUAUUGAAGUUUCAAGAAGUACAACUCUAUAAUUUUUUUUUGCUGUUCCAUAAUGUUCAAGUUUCGUAUCCACUACCGCUACCCAGUGUGUAACCGUAGUGUACAAAAGUAACAAUGUAUGCUUAGAAGUUUUUUCUUUUAUAAAUGAUUGAGUUGAUGGAGAUGGGAAAGAGAUGCAGGGGGAACCAAAGUAUUAUUUGUGUACUAGUUGUUUCAUUGUUUACUGUUAGUAUAAUUCAAAAUAUAGUACAUUCCAGAAUUUUAUUGAACUGCUGUUAUAGUGCAAUACCGUAGUAGAUUUUAACAUUGUACAUAACCUUUCAACUCUUGACGUCCAAUGGAAAACGUAGUGAUGUAAUGAAACACCUACCAAGAAUAAUCUUGUGUAACUAACCUAAAUACAAAUAUAUUACCGUUUUGAAUAAGUAGUUUAUCAAUAAAACCAGAUGUGACUUUUCUUCUUGGACAAAAUAAUAGAUUUCAAAUACUUGAUGUAAAAAUUUCUGAAACUUUUUAAAGAUUACUUUCUCAAAUCUGUAGUAUCUCAAUGUUGCCUGUAUAAUUAAACUGAAUGAACCAUCAGAAUUUCCGUAAAUAUAAAAAUUUAAGAUCUGAUUCACUUUUCAGUAGUGCGUGUAAGUGUUGUGUUUUAUUAUUAAAAAAGUGAUAAUCCACCGAUUGUGUUGACCCCUGUCUCCUGAUAUUCCAAAUAAAGUUGUAUAAAAUAUGAUAAGGCCCUCUGUUUUAUUGAAUU